GCCCCGCGCGGCGCCUGCGUGCUCUGUGACCUUUCCCAUUCUGUUGCAGAAUUUCGUGUUGCCUGUGGUCUUGGUCCCGCGGAGAUGCUUCAAACCUUAAUUAAAAAAGUCUGGGUCCCCAUGAAACCCUACUAUACCCAGGUUUACCAGGAAAUUUGGGUAGGAGUGGGGUUAAUGAGCCUCAUCGUGUAUAAAAUCAGGAGUGCUGAUAAAAGAAGUAAAGCUUUGAAAGGUCCUGCACCUGCCCAUGGCCAUCACUGAGUGCUCCCCGAGUCCACAAGAUGAAUACGGCGGCUAAACUUGAGCAAGCUUUGUUAGAUGGGAACAUGGAACAUCACUGUACACUUAUCUAAGUACCAUUUAUAAUGUGGCAUUAAUAAAUGCAUCUGUGAAUACCA